AUGGCAUCAUCGCUGAGAAAAAGAAUGAGAGCUUGGUAUUGGAUACGAAGAAGAAGAGUCACGGGAAAAGUCAACGAUGAUGAUACUUGUGAUGUAAGAAACAUGAUCGAUGAUCUACCUGAGAGCUUAUUGUUGGUGGAGAUCAUCUCGAGGCUACAUAACCCCAGAGAUGUCAUCGUUUGUAAAAGCGUGAGCAAGAGAUGGAACUCUCUGAUAUCUUCUCCUUCUUUCAACCACAAUCCCACCAGCUUGGCUCUGAUCCUCAACACACAUCCUCAUUCCUCCUACAGAGAUGUCUUGCUAUGCAAGAAAUUUUCAUAUUCUCGAGGUAGAAAGACGAACCAUCUUAGGAAGCGAACACAACUCUAUAUUGUGAAUCCUUUGACAAUGCAAUGGACCCGACUUCCUGAAACUGACGAUGGGAUGUCGGGGUCAUGGCCUAUUGGGCUAUCAGGGAACGGGUCAAAGGGCGGGAGGUUCUAUGUUGUCGAGCUGUCUUCGUGUACACCUUCUAAGCUUUGCCUCUAUGUGUUGGAUUCUAAGCGCGGUAAAUGGAGAGAGCGUAGUAUCGAGCAUCAGCCUUGGUCACAACUUGGAUGGUAUCCAACGCAAUGCCAAGCCUUGAGCUUUAACGGAGCUCUACAUUGGUUAGCCCAUGACGGACCUAUUGUAGCUUAUAGCCCAAACUAUAGGCAUGAAUGCAUAAUCAUCCAUCGUUUACAAGAGAUGCGCCAUGCUUCUUAUGGUGACGACGCGGUCGUCUCGGAGACGUUGACCGUCUCCAUGGGCCAUCUACGCAUCAUUCAGCUCGUUUGCUAUCCCAUUACGAGUGAUGGACAUCACCAUCUCUCUAUAUGGACACUCGUGGAUUACAGACAGUCCAUAUGGAAACAAGAACAUGAAGCUACAUAUUUCAGUGACAUGGUUUCUGAUGUUCAAUGGAUACAAGACUACAUGCAGGGUUAUAAUCUAUCGACAGCUACCCGACACGGUAUGUACUAUGUCAUGAAACGUUUCAUGAAUCGGCUGCCUCCUCCUGCGGGAACCAGCACACAGCGGACCAUUCAUCCAAAGCCUUUGCAUUGCCAUCCAAACAAUCCUCUUCUCAUUUACUUGUGUUUACCGGAGAGCAUCGUCUUGCUUGAUCUCGCAACAAAGAAGCUGCGGUUAAUUACAAGCAUUCGCUACAAAGUAGCUCUAUAUGAGAAGGUGAUACCAAUGACACUUCACUUAGAUCCAUCAUUGAUCCCGGACCAUGAGCGUGUGCUGCUGCCACCGUCGCUGAUGAUAGGAGCAAGCUCUUUGUGA